ACCGCAAGGACAUGGCCAGCAUCACACGAACGUCCUCCCUACCUCCGACACCUUGUCCAUGCGUACCCGCGGCCGGAGGAAGCAGCACAUGAGACUCCACCAAUGUAUUAUUUUCCGCGUCUACUCAGUGCCUAUACGAACGGUCGAUUGCGUGAUACCCUCACCAUCGCUUCCCCGGCGUGUCGCAUAAAUCUGUCCUGCCGCCGAAGAAAUGGGUUUACCGCACCUAACAACCCCUCCUUGGACACCGUUUCAGAGCUCUGAAAGGCCUCUCGCUCCCUCUCUUGCAUUCAGCGAUGGCCAACAUACCCCACGGCGGCAUUCUUAAGGAUCUUGUCGCACGCGACGAGCACAUACGCCAAAGCUUGAAGGAGGAAGCUGCGAAACUCCCGGACAUUACGCUCACGGAGCGUCAAUUAUGCGACCUGGAGCUCAUCAUGAAUGGCGGGUUCAGCCCGCUGGAGGGGUUCAUGAACCAGGCAGACUACAAGAACGUUGUCGAGAACUUGCGUCUUGUCGACGGCACACUGUUCCCCAUGCCCAUCACCCUCGAUAUUUCCCGGGAGAACAUUGUCCGCCUUUCUAUCGCAUCUGGUUCCCGCAUCACCCUUCUCGACCCCCGCGAUGACCAGGCUCUUGCCAUCAUCACCGUCGAGGAUGUUUACCUCCCAGACCAGGUGAAGGAGGCGAUUAACGUCUUUGGAGCAGACGACCCAGCGCACCCAUCUGUGUCAUACCUCCGUCGUAAAGUGAACGAAUACUACGUUGGAGGCAAGGUCCAGGCAAUCCAGCCACCGACACACUUCGAUUACGUUGCUCUGCGAUACACUCCGUCCGAACUGCGCGCUCACUUCAAAAAGUUGGCAUGGCGCAAGGUGGUCGCCUUCCAGACGCGUAAUCCUAUGCACAGAGCUCACCGUGAGCUCACCGUCCGUGCUGCCCGUCUGCGCCAGGCGAACGUCCUCAUCCACCCGGUCGUCGGUCUCACCAAGCCCGGCGACGUCGAUCAUUACACUCGUGUCCGUGUCUACGAGGCUAUCAUCGCGAAGUACCCGAAGGGCAUGGGCCACCUUGCCCUGCUCCCUCUGGCAAUGCGCAUGGCCGGCCCUCGCGAGGCCGUCUGGCACGCGAUCAUCCGCAAGAACUUCGGCGCGACGCACUUCAUCGUCGGGCGUGACCACGCAGGGCCCGGGAAGAACUCGCAGGGCAAGGACUUCUACGGCCCGUAUGACGCGCAGGACCUCGUCAUGAAGUAUCAUGACGAACUGCAGAUAGAGAUGGUGCCAUUCCAGCAGAUGAAGUAUCUGCCAUCGACGGACGAGUACGUCCCUGUCGAUGAGGUUCCCAAGGGUGAGGAGACUCUUGACAUCUCCGGCACUGAACUCCGGAAACGUCUGAAGACUGGUGGCCCCAUCCCUGAUUGGUUCAGCUACGAGGCUGUCGUCAAGACUCUACGAGAGAGCUACCCGCCUCGACUGAAGCAGGGCUUCGUGGUCUUCCUCACGGGUCUGCACAAGUCUGGCAAAGAUACCAUCGCCAAGGCCCUCCAGGUCGUGCUGAACGAGCAGGGCGGCCGGAGCGUGUCUGUCUUGUCAGGGGACAACAUCCGCUCCGACCUCGAUACACCGUUCAGCUACACACCUGAAGAGCGCAACAAGAACCUCGAGCGAGUCGCCUUCGUCGCCGCUGAGCUCGCACGCGCGGGUGCGGCUGUCAUCGCGGCGCCUAUCGCCCCGAGCCAAGCCUCGCGGGAUGCCGUCAAGGACACCGUGAUACACAGCGCGGGUGCGGGCGGGAACUUCUUCACCAUCCAUGUCGCAACGCCGCUCGAGUUCUGCGAGGCGCACGACCGGAGAGGCGUGUACUCUCGGGCACGUAAGGGCGAAUUGAAGCACGUCCCCGGCGUGGACGAGGAGUACGAGACUCCCGAGCGGCCGGAUCUGACUGUUGACUUGACUCAGCAGAGUGUGCCGGAGAUCGUGCACAGUAUCGUCUUGCUGCUUGAGACUGAGUCGCUUCUAUAGUUGGGUUGGACCUGUCAGGAUACAGGUCCCAUCAUCCUUCACAUUGGUUUGUUGUGUGCUUUGAUUACGAGCCCACGCUUGAUUGUUAUUUUGUCGCCAUGUCCUGGACGAGUAGAGGACUCGUGCUUCUCAAAUUGUAUUGCAUACUUACACUGUACUGCGUAGAAAGAGAACAAACUAUCUCAGAAGCGUACGCUCUGCAGCUGCUGGCUGCUCGGUGCUGUACUCAGAGC